AUGACUGGACUACAUCAACAGCUACAACAACAACACCACCAACACCAACUAAAACAUCAAGAACAAGACGAACAACGCAUACUGUUACCUGAUAUAGAUCAGAGUAAUUCAGAUUGUAAUGAAAAUGAUUAUAUGAAUACUGGAAUGUUAAGUAAAAAUUAUACAGAGACUAAAAAACUUCUGUUAAAGGUCAGUAUUAUUAUAGGUAUUAAAAUAAUCACAACAAUAUUGAUUACUGUUAUAUUCAAUAAUGUGACAGCUAUCAAAACUGUACUAAAUGAACAUCCAUGGAUAUCACCGGUGUUUGGUAUACAGGCUUUACUUUUCGGUGGACUACUCUUCUUUGUACCGAAUUCAUUGACCAGUAAACCAUGGAAUUAUAUUCUCCUCUCAUUGAUUGCACUGACGUCUGGUAUUGUAAUAUCAACAUUUGCCAUUCUUCCAUCAACUACCUGGUCAAUGUUAUCCUGGAUUAUCGCCAGUAUCCUGUUCGGUGUAUUCUUCAUUGCUGGUUUAAAGCUACAAUUUGAUUUAACAAGAUACUGGCAUUUAAUUAUUAUUUACGCAUUGAUAAUGAUGUGUUUAGGCUUUAUCAUAUCAGUACUGUUAAAUGAACUGAAGACAGGUCAAGUAGCUAAUCAUAUACUUGGCGCAAUUUACGUUCUUAUAUCUAUUCCUUGUAUUAUCUGUGAAGGUCAAAUGAUGCAAGGCGGGAAAUGUAUUGUAUUUAAAAGAAAACAAUUUGUAUUAGCAUGUUUAAUGUGUUGGUUUACGCUGAUCUGUACAUAUUUUGGAGUGUUGUUUCAACUAUCAGACUAUAAUUUCUUUGUAUCAUAUAUCUCUAACACAUAA